CUCUUGGAUACCCGCCUUUCGGGGUCUUGAUCCGGCUGCGCGACUGUCCACCAACCGACCCUUGGGCCCUGCACGAGACCCUGAGACGCCUCUCCCAGCCUCUCCGCGCAGCGACAACCCGAGACUGACACCAAACAUACACCCGACAUCACGACUCUUGGUCACAAGCUGCCAUGCCUCCUCCUCCUCCGCCGCCUCCUCCUCCGUUGCCUGGGGCUGGAGGAGUCCCCCCUCCUCCGCCUCCUCCCCCUCCAGGAGGACUCCCAGGCGGUUUACCAAGCCGUCCACCGCCAAGUUCAGGAGGCCGAAAUGCUCUGCUUGCCGACAUCAACAAAGGCAGAUCCCUUAAAAAGACCGUCACCAACGAUCGCUCGGCCCCGGUUGUUGGCAAGGUGUCAUCCUCAUCAGGCCCUGCCAUAGGCGGCGCCCCUCCCGUCCCUGGCCUCGGCCUGGCGCCGCCUGUCCCCGGAAAUCGAACGCGAAGCAACAGCGAGCACAACUCUGCGGCGCAAGACAUACGCCCAGCCGACUCAGCGCCGCAGUUGGCGGGUCUGUUUGCCGGCGGCAUACCGAAGCUGAAGAAGCGGGGAGGGAACAUUGAUACGGGAGCUGGCGCAGAUGCCUCGUUUGCCUCGGAUUCGGAGAAAGCGCCAUCGCAUUCGGCGCCCCAUGUCCCGACCUUUGCCGCACCGAAACCUCCAGCACCUCCAGCACCGCCGGCCGAUGCUGCGCCAGCUAUUCCUGGAAUUCCUGGACGAGGACCUCCCAUACCUCCCCCCGGCAUCCCAGCCUUGAAGAAGACCAAAGGACCGCCGCCGCCGAUUGGAAAGAAGCCGCCGCCGCUCCCAACAUCUCGCAAGCCCUCAUCCAGAGCUACGCCGCCUCCGGCUCCCCCUCCGCCGGCCCCAGCUUCGGCUGCUCCAGUUCCCGCAGCGGCCCCUCCUCCUCCUCCGCCGCCGCCAGCAUCCUCAGCACCGGCUCCCUUUGCACUACCUCCUCCGCCUCCUCCUCCUCCAGCAACUUCGGCCCCUGUACUGCCCGGAGCACCACCGCCCCCUCCGCCCUCAUUUGCACCUCCGCUACCCUCGCCAUCCUCAGCUCCUCGAGCUCAACCACCGCCGCCACCUCCAGCUCCUCCCGGAGCGGCCCCUUCUCCUCCCCCGGCACCACCAGCGCCUCCAGCGCCUCCAGCUUCGGCUCCGGCGCCGCCUUUUUCCAACGGUCCCCCCGCGCGAGCCAGAGGAUCGUCUCUUCGCCAUACCAUGCUCGAUCCCAGCACAUUUACCUUGACUGCGAAUGGUGGCAGCUCAUCAGUGAGCCUACCGUCCAAGACGACCAAUCACUCACGGGCACCAAGCCAAGGCGGUGCGCGGAUCAUGAUCAACGACACGAGAUGGCACUUUAAGGAUGAGAACCUUUUCCCGAAGCCUCGGGAUUUUGUUGGUGGUGUAAGGAGAUAUAGGGCAGGCAGAGGGAGCAGUGUGCCGCUUGAUUUGAGCGUGUUGAAUUAGGCCAAUAGAUGAUGAUAUCAGUUUGAUUUUUCGGGGAUAUAUAUCUUGUGACUAGUGAAGAAUGAUAUGGAAUACCAAUGCGACAGUACCCCCAAUCUAUAUAUACACACCCCUUUAUAUAUAUUUCAUC